AUAUCGUUUCCCUUGUGCAAAGAUCGCAUCGAUCAACGCUGCAUGACAGCAUUAUUUAUUUUACUGAAUAUUGUUGUAGGCUAACUUCACAAUAUGUCAGACGAUGAGGAUUACAAUUCCGAAGAGGACCAAGACUAUGUACCAUCAGAGGGUGAGCAAGUAAGUGAGGAAGAAAACUCAGGAGACGAUGAAGAUCUUUCUGUGCUCCAAGAUGAUGACACAUCAGAAAGUAAAGCAACAAAGAAAAGGAAAAAAUCUGCUGCCAAAAAGAAUGUUAUUGAAGCCAGAAAACGCAGAGGUGGAAUUAAAUUACAGGAUAAGAAUUCUACAGUCUCUGCUGAUGAUUCUGAAGUGAUUGAAAGUGAAGAAGAGAUAAAGCGCAAGAAGGAAUUAGCUGAACAAAUAGCUAAAGAAGAAGAAGAGCGAAAGAAAGAGAAAGAGAAGAAGAGAGCAGAUGACCUGUGGUCCAGUUUUAUGUCAGGUGUAAAACCACCUCCUCGUGCAUCAACUGGUUCUGGUACUACUGUUGAGGCCAAAUCAGCAUCUGAAGGAGCAACAACUAUCCCAGAAUCUCAAACUGAGAAAGCAAAAAAAGUUACCAUUACUAAAGUGUUUGAUUUUGCUGGUGAGACAAUCAAAGUAACAAAAGAAGUUGAUGCAGAUUCAAAAGAGGCAAAAGCUGAACAAAAGAAGCAAGAGACAGCUAAUCAAGAAACAGCCAACCCAGCAGAUCCCCUCCCUACCUCCUCACUUAGUCAAGGUUUAAAGCGUCCAGCUGUUGGUGGUGGUCUUGGGAGCGUCCUGAACAAAAUAAACAAGAAAAAUAAAAUGGGCACCUUGGAAAAAUCCAAAAUUGAUUGGGAAUCAUUCAAGAAAAAGGAAGGCAUUGAUGAUGAUCUGAAGAUUUACAACAAGGGCAAACAGGGGUAUACAGAGAGAAUGGCAUUUUUAAAUAGAGCAGAUCAAAGACAGUAUGAGAUAGAGAGAAAUCUGAGAUUAGGCAGCACAAGUAAAAGAUAGCGACGCCGGUGUACUUACAUUUGUUUUAAUUUCUUGUAAUGAAAUGAAGAAUGGUAAACAUGUCAGCUCAACCCACCUGCAUUGUGAGAGUGUUGGAGUAACUGAUCUGUUUUUAUUUGAUUGGCCCUAAUUGUUUUAAGAUUGCUUUUUUGAACAUCUGAUCUGUGUACUGGGACUGUUGAAUGUAGCCUGAUUUUUAGUGUUGUACCAAGUCAACAUUAGUGGAUUUUAGUUAUGCUAGUGUUGUAGUCACACACCUUGUUAGCAGCUGAGCUCAUUUCCAGCACACAGUAACACAAAGUGGGAGCUGUAGUUGUUUUGCACACCAUUUAAUAUCAUUAAUGUUGAUGGUAUUAUUUGACCUUAUUUCAGAAAUAAAUUAGCCAGUCUCUAAGCAAAACAUUUAGAUAACACAGAAAGAAACUUUAAAAUGUGGCUAUUGUGUAUGCAUGUAAUAUACUGCUGGUUGGUUAUUAUUUUUUCCCUUUAAAAAUUUCAAUAAAAGAAUUUGAUGAGGGUUGAAGAAC